AUUUGAGUAAAUUUGAGUGAAUUACUUAUCCCUUAGCCGCCUCCAACCCUUCGUCUCAUCGUUUUCAAGUGUUCGGAGUUCCUGGCUCUCACAUACCUUCUCCUCUACUCCAUGUCUCCAUUCUCACUGACAAACUCUCAACUAGCUUGAAAUCUCCCAAAUUGUCACUGAUUCUUCACACAAUUCUGCCGAUUCCUCAGAGAUUCCUAAAGCUGCUUUCUCACAAAUUCAUUGGUUAUCAGGUAUUUGAAGACUUGCUGAUGCAUGAAUGCAUUAUAUUAUUCUUCAAAAUACUACUACUAUUGAAACUUGGGCUGAGGCUUUCUACGGAAGGCAUGUGCAUGGGUUGGGGUUGUGCGAACUGUGUCGAGUUGCACCAUAAUCCUCACAUCAUUUAUUUGUUUCAUGCUCGGUUGCACAACUGGUGUGGUGGUAGUUGGAUUGGGAAUUGAUUGGGUGGGACUGUUUUUUGUGUGGAUUGGGUGGAAGCUUUUUUGCAGCAAAUAACAGAGAGGAUUGCAGCCUCAUGGUUAUGGUUUGUUGUGGUUUGUGGCUGGCCAGAAAUGAAAAGGUAUGGCGGAAUAUUACUCCAAAUCUGGAAGUCAUUUUAGCUCGUGUGAAACGCUUUUGGUCGGCAUGGCAGCAGGCCCAGAAGCAAGGCGCUAAUAGAAGGAAUUCACAGCAGGUCUGGUCUACGUUGAAGACUCCUAUAGCAGGUAGAAUAAAACUGAACAAUGAUGCCGUUGAGGCGGGAGAUGGAAUAUGGGGACUGAGCUGGGUAACCUGGGUUAUUCGAGAUUCACUGGUGAGCUUCAUAGCGGGAGGGUCAUCUGAGGUGCUCGAGAAGUGCUCUGUCCGUGAAGCUUAAAUCUUAAGUAUACGAGAAACAUUGAGUCGGGUCAGGGAUUACACGUGGGACUUUAUUGACGUUGAAUCUGAUUCAAUCCAAGCAAUCUCUCAAACGAGGAGGCUCCGUAAAUGCUUUUUGGGAUGACCGGUGAGGAUAUUAGAUCGAUUCAAGCAAAACUUUGUUAGUCUUGAUUUUUUUCAUAAGAAACAAUUUGCGAACCGGGUGACUCACUCCUUAACGAAAGCGGUUGGUUCCUUGCCUAAUCUCGAUCAUGAUUUAAUUAAUUAUAAUUAAUUACUUUCCCUUAAAAACACUAUUAAAAAAUGUGUAUUUGAAAUACAAUUAUCAGAUUAAAUCAACGGUAUGCAUAUGCAGA